UCUCCGCCUGCAUCAUCUGACGCUCUCCCUCUUCCCUUCAGGUAUCAGAAUCAAUGGCUGCUUCUUCAACAGCUUCCUCUCUCGCCUUUCUAUUCCUUCUCUUCGGCCUAUCUGCAGCUAGGGAAAUCUUGGUGGGAGGCAAGACUGAUGCAUGGAAGAUCCCCUCCUCUCAAUCUGACACUCUCAAUCAAUGGGCCGAAAGGUCUCGCUUCCAAGUCGGCGACCAUCUUGUGUGGAAGUAUGACGGCGGGAGAGACUCUGUGUUGCAAGUAAGCAAGGAAGGUUAUGCUAAUUGCAAUACCUCCAACCCCGUAGGAGAAUAUAAUGAUGGCAACACCAAGGUGAAGCUUGACCGUCCUGGACCAUUCUAUUUCAUUAGCGGAGCAAAUGGGCACUGCGAGAAGGGCCAAAAGCUCGUUGUGGUUGUUCUCACUCCGAGAAACCGGCACAUGGGCUUUUCUCCGGCGCCUUCUCCGGCGGAGUUCGAAGGUCCUGCCGUAGCUCCCACUAGUGGCGCCGCUGCUCUGCAGGUUGGCCUAAUGGCGGCUCUUGGAGGAGUACUGGCUUUGUGGCUUCUCUGAUGCAAAUGGCUCCAUUUUCGUUGAUGCUGGAGAUUUAGAAUAGUAACAAGCAAUCACUGAUUUUUUAUUGAGAGUUUUAUUCUUUCUGAGGGGAUUAUAUGAUUCUUUUCCAAUUAUUAUCUUCAUAUGUAAAAAUUUAGGUAUCUAUCUGAUUCCACACUCUAGUGGUAAUGAUACCUAUAUGCAUAUAUUACAUUGUCGUGGUGUUUGUCUUUCCAAUAUCAAAAUUUGAAAGCUUUUCUGUU